GGUUUCAUUUACCUUCUUCGAUUUAAAAGGCCGCAAAUUAAUCGACGGGAACAGUUUGGUACUUGAGACACUGUCAGGGUAAUUCUGUGGCCCAUACACCGCAAAAAUCUACCUGUAGAAACCCAAAUUUAUGAGAUUGCAUUAAUCAGACAAGGAAACAACGACAAAACAUGCAAGAAUCAAUCGGUAUAAUCCUUCUCCUUCCACUACUGGGACAUGCAGUUCGCUUAGGCAACGAACUCUGCAGACCACGACCGACUUUAGUGCCUAUAGACGAUCCAGAAUUCAAAUUUUUCCCCUACUUUGUGAAGCUUCAUCAAUGCGGCGGAUCAUGUGACCAUAUUCAACCUUCGGUAAAAUCAUGCAUUCCACUUGAGUACGAUGAAGUGUCUGUCACUGUGCAAGUGGUAGGUACCGAUGAAAUGCGGACUACACAAGUGAAAAAUCACACGCGUUGUGGAUGUGAAUGCGUCCACGGCCCGAAAGAUUGUGACUUGGAAUUAGAGGAAUGGAAACCAGACCUAUGUCAGUGCCAGUGCAGAAACAGAGACAGACCAUCGGUUCCGUGUGGGGCAGGAAUGACUUGGAGUAGAGCUCAGUGUCGAUGUGUGUGCAAUAAGCAGCCUCAAUCCUGUGGUCCAAAUAAGGUAUGGAAUAAAGAAGCUUGUGGAUGUGUUUGCAAAGAUAGAAGGUAUAAAAACUGUGCCAGGAAACAAAAGCGAGUGGAUGAAGAGACUUGUAAGUGCACUACGAAAGUGAUGCCUCCAGCAGUAGGAAAACAGUCAUCUCCCAAACCUCACUCAAAAGGUGGACUUCGCCAAGAGUUUUACGUGAUAUUAUUCAUAGGACAGUUUGUCUUGUUGUAUAUGGUUUUUGAAGCGGUCCUUUAUCGUAAGAAAGCUGGUUUAAUAUAUCGCAUCACACGGAGCUGCUCAACAAAAGGCGGUCAUUUGGACAUCAAGGAGUCAAGAGAAGACAUUCUCAGCGUAUCAAGCAGUGAGACGGAAACAAAUCUACCCACAGAAACAGGACACCACAAUGUAGAGGCCUCUAUCAAAGAAAGCCAAGCUGUCGUGUAAAUUGGAUGCCGGGAAAUCUUUAAACAUCUUGCGACGAAGUCCAUCUCUAUGCUUAAGAUAAGCAAGGAUAAGCAUGGAAUGAUAUUUUAAGCCAGAGAUCAAUUUUAUCAAACAUUUCAAUCAGUCGGUAGUAUUUUCGAUGGCUCCGAGAUAAAUGUCUAAAUAUACGUAUUGCUUACAUGUGAGAUGAAGUGUAGAAAAUAUUUCCCUCGAGAUGUUUGACCUCCUUUAAAGCUGUAUUAGAUAUUUUCCUAUCUAUAUACCUAUUAAUAAUUUAUUUAUUUAUUUAUUUAUUUAUUUAUUUUUUCAUGUAUUUGUAUCAGCAAGUAAUAAUAUAUGGAAAAGAAGACAAGAAGCUGCAGACUACUGAACUUUGAUUAUUAAUAGUAAAUAAUAUUUAUUUCAGUUGAGAAGAUUUUAAGAAGUAAAGAAAAGUAUUUUAUUUCAUUCAUCUAUCUUUAGUUAUUUAUACUUAGUAUCCUCCACUGAUUAAAAGAUAUUUCUAGAGAA